AUGCAAUACUGCGUAUGUACGUACUCAAUAUCAAUACCGUUUGAAUAUUUUUUUCGAUUGAAAACGCCGUUCUCUUAUGAUGAGAGAACUUCCGCUUCGCUGGAGGUCUAAAUUCUUUUUGAAGAACUUCUAGAUAAUGCAACAAGUUACAGUGAAAUAGAUAUAUUUUCUCUCACUCUAAUUUACUAUCCUAGUUCAGAUUUCUUCGAAAAAGAGCAGACCUUGAAAGUCGGUGCGCACGUGGCACAGCUAUAGGUUUUAGCACACAGACGUAGCGUGUUAUGCUCAUUUUAAUCUGAUAGUGUUUUGUAUUAAUGUUUUUCUUAAGUGGCUCCAUUGAGCACAUUCGAGUAUGCGAGAGUCACAUACAUUUUUUUGUGAUCGCGACUUAAAUAAAAAAAGAACUAUUAUGUUUUUUUUUCCAAUGUCGGGCAAUGAAAAAUUUUAUAGAGAUAUAAUCAUACCUUUGGUUCAGCUGGUAGAUCCAGAAAUUGCCCACAAUUUGGCGGUGACUGUCCUAAAAUGGGGCCUUGUACCACAGCAAAAGAUGAAAGAUUCCAAUUUGCUACAUACAAAUAUAUGGAACCUGCAAUUUAAAAAUCCAAUUGGUAUGGCUGCAGGAUUUGAUAAGCAAGGAGAAGCAGUGGAAGGAUUGCACAAAAUUGGUUUUGGCUUUGUUGAGAUAGGAUCUGUGACACUAAAGCCUCAACCUGGUAACCCAAAACCUAGAAUCUUCAGGUUACCAGAAGAUUGUGCAGUUGUAAAUAGAUAUGGAUUUAACAGCGAUGGUUACGAUAUUGUAUGGAAACGCCUGAAGAAACUGAAAGAGAAUAAACAUUUUAAUGGCGUUCUAGGAGUAAAUUUAGGAAAGAAUAAAGAAGCAAAAGAUGCUGUUCAAGAUUAUAUUGAGGGCAUAAAGAAAUUUAUGGAUGUAGCAGAUUAUUUUGUGAUUAAUGUGUCAUGCCCUAAUAUUUCGGAAACAGCAUCCUUACAAAACAGGAAAAAUUUAACAGACCUACUAACCAGAAUAAACAUUGCAAGGAAAUUGGUUGGUAGUGAACAACCGUUGUUGUUGAAGUUGUCUCCUGACUUGUCAGAUUCUGAACGGCAAGAUGUGGCUGAUGUUAUUUUAAAUAACAAAACCAAAGUUGAUGGUUUAAUCUUGUGUAAUACCACAAUUACAAGGCCAAAUGUAACGAAUCCCAACAAAGAAGAGUUUGGUGGUCUCAGUGGUGCUCCCUUGAAUGAUGUUUCCACUGCUAUGAUUUCUGACAUGUAUAAACGGACGCAUGGUAGUAUCCCAAUUAUUGGUGUAGGUGGAGUUUUUUCUGGUGCUGAUGCCUAUAAGAAAAUAAAAGCUGGUGCUUCCUUAGUACAACUUUACACAUCAUAUAUUUACAAUGGACCACCGAUAGUUGGUAAAAUCAAAAGUGAAUUGUGUAAAAUACUUGAAAUUAAUGGUUUCUCUUCUGUUGCUGAAGCAAUUGGCAAAGAUAUAAAUAGUAGAUGUGAAUAAUUAUAUAAUUUUACAUAAUGGGUAAUGUUAAAUUUUAUAU